UGAUCUAAGCAAUCCUCAAAGAACACAAGUGCUUUGUAAACAGUUCUGGCAAAGCAAUCUAGGAGACUUGAGUUCCGAUGAACUUGAGAGUGUGUGUCUGUGUGUGUGGCAGAAGCGAGAUUUACUGUUGUGAGAUAAACGUCCAUUUCAUAGGCCCAAAGUCAAAAGAGGUUGAAACCUUGAGCCGGGCUAGCUUGGUGCACUUAAGUCGAGGUCUAGGAAAGGAGCCAGACUCUCUUACUUUCCCGAUGCUUCUGAACAUGCCAUGUCUCAGGAUCAUCAACUUCAUCUAUGAUACAGAUGACGCAGGACUGCUGAAUGAUGAAAGUGGUGACAUCAGAACUACUGUGGUAGAAAAGUGCCUUGUCAAAUGGCGUGAACUGACAGCUGGUGUCAAGCCUAAGGAGCAGAUGAAGACCUUAGAAAGGGCUUUGCGUGAGAUGGGAAAGAAUGAACUGGCCGAUACUCUUAUGGAGCGUUUCAUGAACAACCAAGAGAUCACACCUGAGGUGUUUCCUUAGUUUUUAUGCAUCAUUUCUAAUGUCCAGGUACUGCGAUGAAAAGUAUUAGACUUCUAGCAAUUACAGUUUACCUGAAAGCCUAAUCAGAUGCUUGUAAAUAUUUUGAGGCAGUUUUAUUUGAGCAUAGGAUUUUGUUCUAAGACGCAUCAAUAUACACUCAAGUGGUAAUUGAUUUAUUGAAUUUUCAAUAAAGAGGACACAUUUGCUCCAGCUA